AAAAAGUGAGUCAACUUGGGUUACAAGUAGCUAUACCAUACCUCCGUACUAAACAUUUGUCUCAGAGGUCUCUUAAACAUUCAGAAAUAGUCUUGUUCUCCUGGUCUUAUACAAUGACAUUGAGAUGAUGCUCCUCUAAGGCUGAAAAAAAAAACUGACAGCCUAUUAAGUAAACAAAAGAUCUUUAUCUGUUAUUGGUUGUGUUCCAAAUUUUAAGUCGACGUUAUUAUCAGAUCCUAUUAAUAGGAAUCGCUGAACUUAUCUUUCGAUUGGUUCCUGCUUGUGCUGCAAAUCAUUGACGUGUUAUGACUGGUAAACGUACAGAAAGUGUGGGAGAGUUAUGGGAUCCAAACGAUCACCCGCAGACUACCAUUGUCCUGAGAAUUUGGGGACAAAACAAGCACGAAUUGAGGAAGACGGAUGGAGCGGGGUGAACGAGCGGACUUUCAUCGCCCUCAAACCAGAUGGUGUGCAAAGGAAGCUGGUGGGUGAGAUCAUUGGCCGCUUUGAGAGGAAGGGCUUCAGGCUGGUAGCUCUUAAACUCCUGCAGGCCUCUGAGGAUCAGCUGAGGGAGCACUACUGGGACCUGAGAAACAAGCCCUUCUACAACGGCCUGGUCAAGUACAUGAGCUCUGGACCAAUCAUAGCUAUGGUGUGGCAAGGCCUCGAUGUAGUUAAGACUGCUCGCAAGAUGCUGGGAGAAACCAACCCUGCUGACUCCAUGCCAGGAACUAUCCGAGGGGACUUUUGUGUUGAAGUGGGCAGGAAUGUGAUCCAUGGCAGUGACUCUGUUGAGAGCGCACAGAGAGAGAUUUCCCUGUGGUUUCGCCAGCAAGAGCUGGUGUGCUGGGAGGAUAACAGCAAUCACUGGAUCUACGAGUAACACACAAAAAAAAACACACACACACACACACACACUCAGUUUCAAACCUGGUAAUGAACUUAAAACACAUGCACACAUGUGCAUGGGAAAAUGUAUUGUACCUUGCAGCUAACUCAAUCAUGUUUUUUUUUUUGCAUUAUGUCAUAAGUAUAGUCUGACCACAGUUAUACCUCAUGUUACUUAGGAUACGAUACAAGCAACACAGUAGGACAAGCAUUAGUGCUAAUUUCAUGCACACUUGCAAGCUAAGACCGUGAAUCCAAAGUUUCCUUGUUUACAUAUGUGUUUCGUAACUUUGUGGCAGAAGUGCAAUGCCUCUGAAAUACUCAAAAGCAUAAUCCAUCCAGUAGAAAUCUUUUUUUUUUCUUUAUUGGCUGUAUGCUGAUGAAAGAAGAUGAAAGUCUUUAAACCCACAUAAAUUGUGCAGCUGCCGGAAAUGUUUGCUAUGUACCAAAUGGGCCAGAUACUAAACAGGCUGAAUGUUUAAGACCUUUUCAAUGUUUAACUGUUUCCCUGAUGCUCUCUUUAAUAUGCAAUACAUGUAUUUUAAGCAUGGUAUUCUUGGGAAAGCAUGAGAUACAGGGUAAUACUCCAGGCUGCUCCAUGUCUGCCAGUAACGAACAGAUUGAUUCACAGGGAUUGAUAUAAUCAGGGAUUAUAUCUAUUUCUAGACACGGUCGGUGAAAUCUUCUGUGAAUGUGUUCCUGUAGAAUAUCAGGGUUUCAAUGUAUGCACUGCGCUGUACGGACAGCAAUAACUUCUUAAAAAUGUUAAACUUGAACAUGUUGUCCUGCUCAGUCCCCUAUAUACUCCAUGGAGUAAGUGUACUGUUUAAUUCAGGCAAUGUACUUGCUUGUAGCUCAUGUCCAGUCAGUGAGUAGUGUGUCUUUCUGCUUCAAAGCAGACAGGAACUCGCCAUCAUUGUUCCUACUGAGAGCUUUAUGUUGACCAAAGUGACCGCUUCCAUGUCAAAUAAAGGUGUGUGAAAAAAGCUUGGUGUUGAAUCAUAUCACAUUACUUCCUCCUUUGCUUCUGUUCAAUACGGUGUUCAUGCCUUUAAAUGUGACUGAGUGCUUUUUCAUAAGCACUGAUUGUGACCCCAUAUCGCUGAUUUUAAUAUUAAAAUCAAAUUAUAAAGCCAUAUUUAUGACCCGGCAUCCACAUUUAAAUUGAGACCAAUUGUUUC